CAAGCUCUAAUUACAAGGGAUAAAAUGCGCACCACCGGUGCACUCACCAGUUGCGUUCCACCAGCUCUGCUAUCGUGCGCAUCUCCUUCUUCUUCUUCUUUCUCUCGCUCUCCCAUGGCUAUCAAUCUCCAUCUCUCCCGUCUUCCUACCCGCACCGACGUCGCUUUGCCGGAAACGCUCGCUGGAACCGGACUCCUCCGGUUCCGUAAACCCCUCUCCGUUCGAUGCUCCGUCGACUCUUCUUCUUCUUCUUCUUCUUCGGUGGCCGUGGACUCUGACUUCGAUGCGAAGGUGUUCAGGAAGAACUUGACUCGAAGCAAGAACUACAAUCGCAAAGGCUUCGGUCACAAGGAAGAGACUCUUGAGCUCAUGAACCGCGAGUACACCAGUGAUAUUAUAAAGAAGCUGAAGGAGAACAAUAACGAAUAUACAUGGGGAAAUGUGACGGUGAAACUUGCGGAGGCGUACGGCUUUUGCUGGGGGGUAGAGCGGGCCGUUCAGAUCGCAUACGAAGCCAGAAAGCAAUUCCCGGAGGAUAAGAUUUGGAUCACCAACGAAAUCAUUCACAAUCCAACAGUCAACAAGAGGUUGGAGGAGAUGAAAGUGGAAAAUAUUCCACUGGAUGACGAGAAGAAGAAACAGUUCGAUGUUGUGGACAAGGGUGAUGUAGUAAUUUUGCCUGCUUUUGGAGCUGGGGUUGACGAAAUGUUGACUCUGAGCGAAAAGAAUGUUCAAAUUGUUGAUACCACUUGCCCUUGGGUUUCUAAGGUGUGGAAUACAGUAGAGAAGCACAAGAAAGGAGACUAUACUUCCAUAAUUCAUGGUAAAUAUGCCCAUGAGGAAACUGUAGCAACUGCAUCUUUUGCUGGAAAAUACAUCAUCGUCAAAAACAUGGCAGAGGCAACUUAUGUGUGUGAUUACAUUCUUGGAGGUGAGCUUGAUGGAUCAAGUUCAACUAAAGAAGCAUUUUUAGAGAAAUUUAAGUAUGCAAUUUCCAAGGGGUUUGAUCCAGAUAAAGACCUUGUAAAGGUUGGCAUUGCAAAUCAGACUACAAUGCUCAAGGGAGAAACAGAAGAGAUUGGAAAAUUUGUGGAGAGGACUAUGAUGCGCAAGUAUGGAGUGGAAAAUAUCAAUGAGCAUUUUAUAAGUUUCAAUACAAUUUGUGAUGCCACACAAGAGCGUCAAGAUGCAAUGUACAAGAUGGUGGAGGAAGAUUUGGAUCUUAUUUUAGUUGUUGGCGGGUGGAACUCAAGCAACACCUCUCACCUACAAGAGAUUGCAGAGGAACGAGGAAUACCCUCAUACUGGAUUGACAGUGAGCAGAGAAUAGGUCCUGGUAACAAAAUAGCCUUCAAACUAAAUCAUGGAGAGUUGGUUGAGAAAGAAAACUGGUUACCAGAGGGUCCUGUCACAAUUGGUGUAACAUCGGGUGCCUCGACUCCGGACAAGGUUGUUGAAGAUGCUCUCAUCAAGGUGUUUGAUAUCAAGCGUGAAGAAGCCCUGCAACUAGCGUAAUAUUAGUAUGGGUGAUUGAUCCCCCAUGUGUACAUUACCAGACAGUGCCAGUUUGAUUAUGCAACUGAAUAAUUUGUAUAAUUGAGAUCAAAGGCUUUGCUGGAUCCAUGUAUCUUUAUGAUUUUUACUUAUUGUAUGAUGUAGAGGAUAGAGCUUAUGUAUUUAUUGCUGAAGUAGGAACCAUAUUAAUACC